CAUAACAGGUCCUCACAGUUGGUGACGUAACUCCCCAGCGACGGGAACAUAUUCAAAACAUUAAUCCGUUUGAUGUUUCAAUAUUGUUGGAGUAUUUUAUAUAUUUUCAAUAGAAGCUUAACAUAAUGGCAUUGGAGACUGUCCCCAAAGACCUCCGCCAUCUGCGAGCUUGUCUUCUUUGUUCUUUAGUAAAGACCAUUGACCAGUUUGAGUACGACGGCUGUGACAACUGUGAGUCGUACCUUCAGAUGAAAGGGAAUCGAGAGAUGGUUUAUGAAUGCACAAGUUCCUCAUUUGAUGGUGUGAUCGCCAUGAUGAGUCCUGAGGACAGCUGGGUAGCUAAAUGGCAGAGGAUCGGUAACUUCAAGCCAGGUGUAUAUGCAGUGUCAGUCACAGGCAGACUACCUCCAGGUGUGGUGCGAGAGUUAAAAAGCAGAGGAGUGAUCUACAAAUCCAGAGACACAGCGGUGAAGACAUGAAUUCGACUGCUUCCACUUUACGUUGUCUUAUCUGCCACACCACAGUGGUAUCAUACUGCAGCCCCAGCUCCAGGAGGAAGCAACAACAGUGGGACUAAAUGUAAUCAUUGCUGUGAUGUCAUAUGGAGCUGCCUUCCAACUGUUCAAUUUUUGUCAUUUGUUGUAAUUUGAAAUAUUAGCAUGGGAGCUUAUAGAGAGAAACAGUGGAUGUUUUUGUUAUAAUAAAUAAAGGUGUGUUUUUACAAGAAA